AAAGGUCUGAAUGCAUGAUUGGUUACAGCUGUGCAGCUCUGCGUGUGCAUAAAUAGUCCUGACAUCUUAGUUAGGCCAUAUUGUGGAGGAUCAUGGAUGAUUUGGCAUUGGAACGUUACUUUGAUGAUUCUAUCGCAAAUGACCCGAGCUACAUGGUUGAAGAGGAGCUUGAUCUUCAAAACUCUCUCAAACAGUCACAUGCAUCAAGCACCAACUCACAGAAUUCAUCCAACCUAUUGGGUGAAACUGAAAUAAGUGGCAGGUUGAGUAAUGAUCUAGACCUCAGCUUCCUACCUGAUGAUCUCGGCAAUCAAAGCUCUACUACCACAGUCCUAGCUACAGCAGCCACAAAUCAAAAUGCUGAGCUUGAUGUUUUGGAGGACAGUGGCAUCAAUCUGGAUGAUAAUUUGCACGAUAUGGCUGCAGUGAAACGUCAAGUGACAGUCAAUUUGGGAUCAGAGAGCAAUGCUUCCCCUUUCUGUCCUAUGACUCCAAUGACCCCGAUGACUCCAAUGACCCCGAUGACUCCAAUGACCCCUGUGACAGAGAAAUCGGGAAUCAUUCCACAGCUACAAAACAUUGUCUCCACUGUAAACCUUGGCUGUCCGUUGGAUCUAAAAUUCAUUGCACUGCAAGCCAGAAAUGCAGAGUACAAUCCAAAGCGCUUUGCAGCUGUAAUCAUGAGGAUCCGUGAGCCUCGAACAACAGCACUGAUCUUCAGCUCAGGGAAGAUGGUCUGUACAGGAGCCAAAAGUGAGGAGGAGUCCCGUCUGGCAGCAAGGAAAUAUGCCCGGGUGGUCCAGAAACUUGGCUUCCCUGCCCGGUUUCUCGACUUUAAGAUUCAGAACAUGGUGGCCAGCUGUGACGUCUGCUUCCCCAUCAGACUGGAAGGACUGGUUCUCACCCACCAACAAUUCAGCAGUUAUGAGCCUGAGUUAUUCCCAGGACUUAUCUACCGGAUGGUGAAACCUCGUAUUGUCCUGCUCAUCUUCGUAUCUGGGAAGGUGGUUUUGACUGCAUCCCCUACAGUGCGGAUUGUCCAUGCAGGCCAGGCCUGUAAUGUGGAGGAAGAGCAAUAUAGCGAGAGGGUUUACAUCAUCCGAGAGGGAGAAACUCUGGAACUCCAGUGUCUUGUCACUGGACAUCCUCGACCACAGAUGCGUUGGACUAAGACAGCAGGUGGUGGCUGGGAUAGUCAAGGAAAGUUGUCAUUGGAAGGUGGAACUCUAAAAAUUGAGAACAUCAGCCGCCACCAGGGAGGGCGCUACUACUGCAAGGCUGAGAAUGGACUGGGAUUCCCAGCAAUACGCUCCAUACGAGUGGAUGUCUACUACUUGGAUAAACCAGUUAUCACUGUUCAUCAAAGUGAUGACGAAGCAAAGGAGCAAUUCUACUUUGAACGUACCGUCUUUCUUCGUUGUGCUGCCAACUCGAACCCUCCUGUCCACUACACCUGGACAAGAGACAGAGAGGUGCUGGCAGAGGGCUCUGACUCAGGGGUGGAGAUAUACAAGCCAUUUUUCACACAGGGUCAGACGAAGAUCUUGAAGCUGAAAAAUCUACGUCUGCAGGAUUAUGCUGACUACACCUGUUUUGCUUCUGUGAAGAAUUCCUGUGGCAUUAGAGACAGAAGUACCCACUUCGUUCUCAACAACAGGACAGCUCCUCCAUCUGUUAAAAUACUUUUGGAUGAUCCUGUAGUGGUAAAUCCUGGAGAGACGAUCACUCUGGUUUGCAAAGUGAUGGGUGGACAUCCUUUUCCAACACUAAGAUGGCUGAGGUUGGAAGAUGAGGAGCUACCGAGGAGAGCCAUUGUCAAAGACGGUACACUGACAGUCCCUGUUAUUAGUGAUGACGAUGGAGGAACUUACAACUGUGUUGCAUCCAACAACGUAGGAAACCCUGCUAAGAAAUUCAUCACCAUAUUGGUCAGAGGACUACGUAAAGGUCGGUUCUGGAUCACACCAGACCCGUACCACAAUGAGGACAACAUUCAAAUUGGUCGGGAGGUCAAAAUUAGCUGCCAGGUGGAAGCCACACCUUCAGACGAGCUGCAGUUCAGCUGGCUAAAGAAUGGCCGGCCAUUGAAGAGCUCUGAGCGAAUGGUCAUCACCCACACUGACCCUAACAUCUCACCAGGAACCACCAACCUUGACAUAAUUGAUCUAAAAUUUACAGACUUUGGCACCUACACAUGUGUGGCAUCACUGAGAAAUGGAGGAAUCCCGGAAAUCAGCAUUGAUGUAAAUAUUUCUUCAACCACAGUUCCUCCUGAACUUUCAGUCCCAAAGGGGCAAUCUCAACUCAUAGUUCUGGAAGGAGACACUGUUGACCUCCAGUGUUUGGUCUCAGGAAAACCCAAACCCAUCAUUAUGUGGUCUCGGGUCGAGGAGAGUGGGCAAACUGCAGCACUAGCACCUACAAUGCCUGAUGGCUCAGUACAGACGGAGAGCUAUGAUGGUAUACUGAGAAUCUACAACGUGACAAGAAAGAUGAGUGGGGCAUACCGCUGCCAAACAAGCCAGUACAACGGAUUCAAUGUCAAACCCAGAGAGGCCCUGAUUCACCUUGUGGUGCAAUUCACUCCGACUGUGAAGCCUGUUUACACAGAGGUACGUCAGGCACUUGGCCGAGCAUUCAGCCUGACCUGUAACUUACUGGAAGCUUACCCAGCUCACCAUCUGCAGUAUGAGUGGAAACUGGGCUCACGCCUGCUCACUGUUGGUCAGUUUAGUGACCAAAGCCAUGACACCAGUUACCAUGUUAAAGCUCUGAACCGAGAAGGCUAUGGCGAGUACACCUGUGACAUCACUAAUAAAGCUGGGACAGGUCGGUGCACCUUCCUACUUACAGGGAAAGCCUACAGACCAGAGUUUUAUCAUGAUACCUUCAAUGCUCUGUGGCAGAACAGACCUCAGGUCUAUGGCUUCAAACUUCAAUGGACUCAGAUGGAGCCCAAUUCUGUGGAUCGAAUUGUGGCCUAUCGGCUUGGCAUCAGGCAGAUGGAUCAAACUCGUUGGUGGGAGCAAGGGAUCAAUAUUAGUGGACCCAUCCAAAAGGGGCAGCUGCUGACUUACAACUUGACAGAACUGAUCAAACCGGAGUCCUACCUGGUGCGUCUCACCCCUAUCACCCGAUACGGUCAGGGGGAUACUUCUGAACGCACAAUCACGUACAGCGCCCCUGUUAACCCACAUCUCAGAGAGUUCCACUGUAGUUUUGAGGAGGAGGCAUUAUGUUCAUUCUCUCAAGACAAGUUGGAUGAGUUUGACUGGAUAAGACAGAGUGGCACCAAAGAGGGCACCACAUACACAUCGAAUACAGGACCAAGCUCUGACCACACCGGCUCAAGUCAAGGCUUCUACAUGUUCAUUGAGACAUCCAGGCCCAGGCUGGACGGGGACAAAGCCCGUCUGAUGUCCCCAAUUUUCAACAUAAACACCAAAAGUGUCUCCUCCUCUUCAGCCAGUAACAAUCCCACCUACUGCUUUACCUUCUACUACCACAUGUUUGGGAAACAUAUAGGAGCUUUGAAUAUUUUCUUGCGGUUGAAAGGUCAGAUGCUCACAGAUACCUUAGUCUGGAGUCUUACUGGUAACCAAGGAAACUACUGGCAGCAGGCAAGGGUUAACAUCCAUCCAACCACAACCUUUCAGGUGGUGAUGGAAGGAGUCAGAGGCUCGGGUAUUGAAGGCAAUAUCGCUAUUGAUGAUGUUACCAUUGAGGAGGGCGAGUGCAAAAACUCUCCAUCUAACAAUCUGAAGUCAUUUGCUGCACUACCAUCGUAUUAUGUGUCUCUACUCUACAUCAGUCAAAGUCUGGUGCUGAUUGGCUGGCAAAGUUUCAAUCCCAAGGAGAAGCUGCCAGUUACAGAUGAUAUGACGCUUAGGAGGAUAAAGUCGCAUUGGAAGUCUACAUUGAUGCUAAAAUGGAUUAUCCUUUGGACCUGUCAACCACCUCUCUUCCUUCACGAUGUAUCAGCUGUCAAUCUGCAGCAGUUCAUUGGAUGUGCAGUUCGGGAGUUCACCUUCCUUGCUAAAAAGCCUGGUUGUGGUGGUUUGCUCAUCACUACUGAUGCCUGCUGGGGGCGUUGUGAGACAUGGGAGAAGCCAGUGCUGGAAUCCCCUUUCAUAGAGUCUUAUCAGCGAGUUUGUACCUACAACAUGACACGUAUGGUCAGCGUGAAACUACCCAACUGCAAGUCCAACAUUGACCCAAUAUACACCUAUCCUGUGGCCCUAAGAUGUGCCUGUGGGUUCUGUCUGACAAGCACCACUGAAUGUAUAACAUCUGUCUGAAAGUUUGGUGCAAUUCAGAUCAGUUCUUUUAUUAAAUUUCAUUUCAGUUGCUGUUUUUUCAGAUGACCUCAAUUAAACAUGUAACCAACUUUGUUAACUGUAACAAAAAGUAAAGUUACCCAAGUACAUAUUAAAUGACUCAUGAUUGGAAUUGCCUGCUUUACUCAAAGCAGAUGUAUAUAUUUACUAAAGUUCAGACUAUAUUAAAAAAGGACGUAAUUAAGCUUUCUGACCUUUUGAGAGGUUUCAAGGUGGCAGGGUGAUGGAGCUCUUCAAAAAGGUUAAUGCUGACAGAAUAAUUGACACUUGACAAUUCACUGUUCUCCUAAAGACCCCAACAUACUCGGACGUACUGUGUGCAUUCCAUGAACCAUGCGGAGUCUGCGCAUACUGUCCGCGGACAAUUGGGUCUUCAUACUCGAGCGUACUGAUUACCUAAAAUUUUCUGGUGACAAACUCCUUUAUUUCACACAAUCAUAUUAAGAAUGAGCAAGUUUGGUGAACUAUUUGGGGGCCUAGCUGUGUUUCUUGUCCAUCUGGUAAGCCUUAACUCACCUCUCAGUGAGGGACAGAGAAUGGCAGGGUAGGGGAAACAAAAUUAAAUUCUGUCGCCAAAGGCGACAGAAUUUGUUAUGCACAGGCCAUCAUCGUCUCUGAACCUCCUGGAACCCAUUCCCACUAUAAAAUAUAAUUAAAUUUGCCCCUUAUAAGUCACACAGGAUAGGGUUAGGAAAAUUGGUUAGGGUUAGGUAUUAAGGGUCACAAAUGUCAGAAUUAGGAGAAAUCAAUUAGGGUUAGGCAUUAAAGAUCACAGAGGUUAGGUUCAGGAUAAAUUGGUUAAGUAUAGGCAUUAAAGAUCACAAAGGUUAGGGUUAGGAUAAACUUGGUAAGGUGAGACCAUAAAAAAGUAUAUAAUAAUCAUAUUAUAAAGCAUAUCAAAUAGCAUGUAGGAGGUAGACAUUUCUAAACUUUUAGGAGCUAAUUGAAUUUUUCAUUGAGGCCUUUAGGAU